ACCCCAAAUCUCCCACUCCCUUCUCUCUCUCUCUCUCUCCUCUGCAACAUUCUUGUUUCCCACUCCGUUAUGAAGCAGCUCAUCCGCCGUCUCUCCCGCGUCGCCGACUCCUCCCAGUCCCACUACUGCCUUCUCCACUCCCAUUCCGCCGCCGCCGCCCGCCGCCCCGGCCGCGCCCACUCCUUCCGUGCCGCCGCCGCUAACAAAUUCCGCCGCUCCAGAUCCGAAGGCGCCGUCCCGGUCCCCCAGGGUCACGUCCCAGUGUACGUCGGCGACGAGAUGGAGCGGUUCUCCGUGAGCGCGGAGCUACUGAACCACCCGGUUUUCGUUACUCUACUAGAGAAAUCCGCCCAGGAAUACGGUUACGAACAGAAAGGCGUCCUUCGAAUACCCUGCCACGUGCUGGUGUUCGAGCGGGUCCUAGAGGCCAUCCGAAUCGGCGACCAGGAGUCACGCGACCUCCAGAGUAUUCUCUCGUCUCUCUCCGGCGGAUUCCUGUAGGGAAGGCCGUCGGAAAUCCCGAUUUUCUUUCUUUUUCUUGAAUCUGUUUUGUAGACAUGGAUGGAUGAUGGAUGAUGGAUGGUGUUAGUUUGUGAUGUAAAUAGGAAACAGCCUUCCGUGAUCUUUUGGGAUCCGGGAAGAUGAACAGAGAUUUGAAGUUUUUUGUUUGUGA